UUUGUCGCGAUUUACUCUAAAAAGAAGAAAAUAGUAGGUAGCACCAAUAUUAAUUAAUUGCCACUCAAAAGUUGCAACACUAAAUCGAACCAAGAAAAUGUCAUCGAUGAGGCAUAAUAGCAGCAACACUAGGGUAGUGGUAGUGGCGUUGUUUCUCUUGUCGACGACACUGGGCAUUUGCGACGGGAGUGCAAUUGACCCAAGGAAGAAACCAUCGGCGGUAACGGUGAUCAAUGAGGUGGAAGGAGGGCCGAAACUGAUGGUUCAUUGCAAGUCGAAGAACGAUGAUAUCGGCGUCCACAUCCUUCCGCCGCACCAGAACAUCCGCUGGGGUUUCCGGCCAGACUUCUUUGGAAGGACGCUCUUCUUUUGCGCCAUGGAUUGGGGUGAAGGACUUCAUUGGUUUCACAUCUACGUCGAGAGCAGGGACUACGACAGGUGCAAAGAUUGUCGCUGGCUGAUCAAGAAAGGAGGGCCGUGUUUGACGAAUCAGGAACGCGAUUCUUGCCAUUACUGGAACAAAAAAAGUAUGUGGUAGUCUGGUAGAGAAUCAUAGGGAAAGAAAGAAAGAAAGAAGGUGGGAGCUAGUUCCGGUUUUUUUAGUAUCUGUUGUUGCCAUUUCUUUUUGUAUAUGUUUGAUUCUAGUUUUAAGUGAUUAUGAUUGAAUUUGGUUGUUUUUUGUUUUGAUUUAUUAUUAUUAAAUGUUGUUUUUCAAU